AUGCUGCUGCUCGCGUUCGCGGGUCUGGCAACGCCGGGUACCGCUGCGGCACAGGGUUGUUACAUGUCGGCCACCGGCAGCCUGGCCUUCGGCACCGUCAGCCCCGACGACCAGACCGACACGCAAAACAGCAUUCCCUUUGUCUGCCAGUCCAAUGCCAACCCCACGUAUUACCGCGUCUGCAUGUUCAUUGCCCAGGGCUCGCCGAUUCCCGGCAUCAGCCCGCGCUACAUGACCAAUUACAACGGCGCGCAGAUGGAAUACGACCUUUACUCUGACGCCGCCCGCACCCAGAUCAUCGGCCCGCCACCUGCCGGCGGCGGCUACCCUGUCGUCAGCCUGCCGGUGUUGAUCCCCGGCGGCUAUGUGCAGCAGACCAACACCGUGCCCAUCUACGGUCGUGUGCCGGCGGGCCAGAACCUGCCCGCCACCAACGGCUUCCAGACCCAGCUGGGCGGCUCGGCGCUGUACUGGUCAUGGAGCAACGGCGCCUACCCGCCCAACUGCAUGACGGCCGGCACGGGUGGCGGCAAGGGCAACACCACCUUCUACACCUCGGCCGCGGCCACGGUGUCCAACUCAUGCCGCAUCACGCUGUCGACAGAUCUUGACUUCGGCACCGUGGGCGCGCUGUUCGCCAACCGCGACCAGACCUCGACCAUCAUCGCUGGUGUAAAACCAGUACAUCGAAUGAGCCGACAGUACAUGGAUUUCACCAUCGAUGCCUACGCUGAACUGGUUUCGGCGGCGGCGGCACGCUACCGUUUUCUCCGUUUCUCCGAAACCUCGGCAGAAGGCGAUGUCGUGCUUUGGCGGCAUGACAUUGACGUCUCGCCGCAGCGUGCGCUGGCGAUGGCCAGAGUGGAGGCCGCGAGUGGCGUUCCUGCAACCUAUUUCGUGCAGGUUUCCUCCCGUUAUUACAGUAUUUCCGAACCAGAAAUUGCUGCUGUGCUACGGCAGAUCGGCGCUCUUGGCCAUGACAUAGGCCUGCAUUUCGAUGCUGAGGUUUGCUCGCAUCAGACGAACCCGGACUACGACAAGCGCAUUGCCUUUGAAGCCCGGGUACUGGAAGAGGUUGCCGAGACUAAAGUCGCCUCUUUUACCCUGCACAACCCGACUACUUUGGCUGGCGUGUCGUUGAACGAGCCUUCCCGGGCUGGACUGGUGAACGGAAGUUGCUCCGACCUGCGAGCGUCCUACUCCUACUGCUCGGACAGUAACGGCCUCUGGCGCUUUCGUACCCUGGCGGAGAUGAUCGCCGACCCGGCGGUUACCCGGCUGUACGCGUUAACACAUCCCGAGUGGUGGCAAGCUGAGCCAAUGCCCCCACGACAACGCCUCCAGCGAUGUAUUGAUGGGCGGAAAACAUGGCUUGAGAAUUAUUAUGACGUGUUGCUGGCGACCAAUAACCGUCCCAAUAUUGGAAGAAAAGAGGAUAUGUGA